AUGCUUCAAAUUACUUUAGCAGCUCUCCAAAUAGCCAACAGCACAGUGAUCACUUGUUCAUCUGAAAUGGAAAACAGGAACAUUAUUAAUGCUUCAGAAAAGUUAGACAGGAAAACACAGGAAAAAAACAGAAGAAUCAAAAUGAAGUAUCUUUGUUCCAAGCUCUUUUCUCUCAUUCCUCUCCACCACUACUCCAAGGCGAUGCUGGCACGACAAGAUCAAGUUGAUCAAGCCAUUAGUUACAUUGAGGAAUUAAAAGAAAGAGUAGAGGUAUUAAAGAGAAGGAAGGAUGAGAUGGUAGCACAAGGCACAACUCGUUGUACUAUAAAAACACCUAUGGUUGAAGUUAAGGAGUUGGAUUCAACUCUAGAGGUGAUUUUAACUAGUGGUUUGCAAAAGAACUUCACAUUGCAAGAGGUUAUUAAAACCAUAGAAGACGAAGGAGCUCAAGUUGUUACCGCUAAUUAUUCGACAAUUGAUGAUGCGAUUUUAUAUACGAUCAGUACUCAGGUGAAAAUUACGAGAUUAGGGGUUGAUGCAUCAAGGGUCAAUUUGAGAUUACAAAAGCUGGUUUGCUAA